AUUGAGCUUAUACAUUUUUUUAUAUAGAGAGAGCUACAUGUACAUAUUGGUUAGGUAUUUGUUGUACAGUAAGUUUGUAAAGCAGAAUGGGGCAGUGCAACUCAAAUGAUUAUGAUGUCUCUGUUAAGACUGGAGAUAAAAAGGGAUCAGGCACGGAUGGGAAUGUUUAUAUCGCAUUGACUGAUGAAGAUGGGAAACGAUCCAGUGAUUUUAAACUUGAUAAGAUAUUGAAGGAUGACUUUGAGCUAGGACAUACUGAUACAUUUUCAGUUGGAAACUCUUCAGGUCUUAAGCAUAUUACACAGCUUUACAUUUGGAGGGAUAAGACAGAUGAUAAUGAUACCUGGUAUGUUGAGAAAAUUGUAGUUGAGCGAUGUAAAGACAAGGACCAAACAAUAUUUCCCAUACAUCGGUGGGUUCCAGCAGGCUUUUCCAUCAAACUAAAGGAAUAUGACUCUUUGUUACCACAGCAUGACACAGAACAACUUGAACAACGAAAGCGAGAACUUGAAGCUAAGCAGAUUGAAUAUCAGUUUAAAGUGAACUUGGAAGGGGGGCCAGCACAGAUAAAAGAUAUUCCAGUGGAUGAAAUGUUCACGAAAGAAUAUGAGUGGAAUUUAAUGGCUGCCCUUGGUAAAGCGAAACUAUCUUCAGAAGUACUGGAUCUAAUAGUGGGAGAGUUUGAGUGCUUAGAUGACCUGAAGAAUAUCUAUGGUGCUUUGUUUAGGAUUCCAGAUGGUAUGCAUACCUGGAAAGACGAUGAGGCAUUUGGGGCACAGAAACUGAAAGGAUGCAACCCAGCUGUCAUACGUCUAUGUCAACAAAUACCAGACAACUUUUCAGUCACACCUGAAAUGGUUGAACCAUUCCUUGAAGGUCAGACCCUUAAAGAGUGUUUAGAUACCAAGAAGAUUUACAUCAUAGACUACAAAAUGCUGGAUGAUAUCACAAAAACAGAUGACAGAUAUUUGUGUGCACCCCUUGGAUUGUUUUAUGUGAAUAGCAGAGGAAAAUUGUUACCAAUUGCCAUCCAGCUAGAACAGACACCCUCAGAAAAUAAUCCAGUUUUCUUGCCAUCUGACCCUGAAUACACUUGGUUGUUGGCCAAAAUGUGGUUCAACAAUGCAGAUUGUAACUACCACCAGUCUGUAGCUCAUUUUGGAACGACUCAUAUUCUUAUGGAGUAUGUUUGCAUAGUGACUAAUCGUCAGCUGUCUCCAAGUCAUCCACUGUACCGUCUACUAAGUAACCAUUUUCUCUACGUCAUUGGAAUAAAUACAUCUGGUUUGACAAGACUGCUUGCACCAGAGGCUUGGGUUGACAGAAACAUGACAAUAGGCCGUGCUGGUUUCAUCACAAUACUCAGCCGUGCCUGGCCUAAAUGGAGACUUAAUGUUGAGGGGACUUUACCAAAUGAUCUACAAGAUAGAGGAGUAGAUGACGAGAAUGCCUUGCCCAACUACCACUACAGGGAUGAUGCUAUGUUAUUGUAUAGAGCCAUUGAGAAAUACAUCAGGAGUGUUCUUACAGGGAUUUAUGAUUCUCCUGAAAAACUAGUGGAUGAUUAUGAGGUUCACAACUGGCUGCAAGAGCUCAGGUCUCCACCAGAAGGACCUGGAUUAAAUGGCCUUCCUGAAAAAUUGACAUCAGUUGAUGACAUCUGUGCCAUUGUGACACCAUUAGUAUUUCAAGCAAGCGUACAACAUGCUGCAGUGAAUUACUCACAGUACGAUGAAUUUGCAUAUCCACCAAACUAUCCAACUUAUUUGGAAGGCCUCCCUCCCAGAGAUAAGAGAGCAAGAAAUGAGCAGGAUCUUGUAAACGCCCUGAUAAGCAAAACACGAGUAUUAGACGUUGCAUUUCUAGCUGACUUAUUCUUGAGCAGAACUGGACUGAACUCACUAGGAUACUUUGAGGUUCAGUACAACUACGACCCAAUCUCAGUGAAAGCAUUGGAAAGUUUCCGCAAAGAGCUAGCUGAGAUUGAAGAAGAGAUGAAAGAGAAAAACAAGACAAGAGACAACACAUAUUCAAUACUCUUGCCAAGUAUUGUACCUAAUGCAAUAAGUGCAUAAAGACUAUAAUAAGUAUUUAAAUUAAAAUGUAUAUAUGGACUCACUUCUCUUCGACUACUAUACCUGUAUAAAAUUCUAACAAAGUAUCGUAACUUAUGCAAUUUAUUAAUAAAUAAUGUAUUACACGUAUAAAGUAUAUAAACUGAUAUAGUAUAGCCUCUAGCGCAAUUAGUGCACAAUGAUUAUGAUUCUAAGUAUAUUAACUCCAACUAAGCUAAGUAUAAAGUAUAGUUCCUUAAAAAUUAAAAAAGCUAUAUGAAGUCUGGUUAAGUAUUGUAACUUAUGCAACUGGUGGAUAAUUAAGACUACAAUAACUUCAAUAAGUACAUAUUACAGGGUGUCCAAAAAACAGGACCGUAAGAAAGUUGAAUAUCUCGGUCAAUUUUACACAUUUUG